GGUACGGCACUAUACAGCAUGGAUCACUAACAAGGCACCAGGGUUGUAACAAUCGAAAAUCGAUUCCUGAUCCAUGAUGGCUGUCUGUCGGGGACACAGCGACAAUAGAAAAUGACCCUGGAAACCGGCUUCCUUGCUUUCGUGCUACACAAACACCGACAUACAACCGACCGCUUGAAAUGGACUCGCUUCUCUGUCUCUUUCUUCCAUCUGCUCCUCCUCCUUCUCCCCCCCUUCUCUUAUAAAAACAGACCCUCGCAUCUGUGUAGGGCCGUCCAUUCGUUUUUCAUUCACGUUCCCUAGGGCAGUUAUGAAGUCUCUUUUCUUUCUCGCGACUUUAUCGUCGACCGUCAAUGCCUACUGGCUUAUGAGUGUCGGAACGUUGACACCGGAUCCGCAGCGCAUAGACCCCAUUCUCUCUCCUGGCGAAGUGUCUUCUCAUGCUCAUUACGUGCUCGGCGGAAGCAACUUUAGGCAGACUACGGAUACCGCUUCUUUGCGCUCGAGUGAAUGUACCACCACCCCCAUCGCAGAAGACAAGUCCAAUUAUUGGUAUCCUAACUUGUAUUUCGAAUGGGCCAACGGUUCCUUCAGCUCCCUUACUGCUGGCAACGUUAUGUGCGUUAUUUUGCUGUGCUUCUGUGUGCAUGCUAAUCGUCUCCGCAGUUACUAUUUGUUCGACGACGAUGCCGCUGCUGAGAAUGUUACUGCCUUCCCCGAUGACUUCCGAAUGAUCUCUGGGACACCGACUCUGCGCACGUACAACGCCAGCAGCUACGCUCAACAGGCGGUCACCUUUUUGUGUCUCGAUUUUAGUGGCACCGCUACUAAGUUCAGUACCAUUCCUCCCCAGGAAUGUGUUAGUGGAAUUCGGGCUCAGAUCAACUUCCCCAGUUGCUGGGACGGCGUGAACACUGACUCCUCGGACCACAAGUCGCACGUCGCUUUCCUUAGCGGUGGUCCCGAUUCAGGAACUUGCGAGGACCCUAAUUACCCCGUUCGACUCCCUCGCAUUUUCAUGGAGGUAUACUGGGCCUCUACCGACUUUGACGACUACCGUGACCAAGCGAAGAACACGACACAGCCAUUUGUUUUCUCUUACGGUGAUCCUACGGGAUAUGGGUAUCACGCCGACUUCAUCAACGGUUGGGAUUCCGGUGCAUUGCAGAAGGCUGUUGACAAUUGUAAUUGCAAUGAGUACGGUGACCCGACGUGCUGUGGCGAUAAUGGCGUCUUCACUUAUCAGACGGGUACGCAAUGUUACAUUACAAACAUCGUUGACGAGCAGACAACCGGUUUGUUGACCAAGCUUCCUGGCAACAACCCAGUACAACAAGCAGGCAUCGCGGCAACUAUCUACGAGGAUGAUGACGUACCCGGAUUCCUGGAACCUGUCUAUGUAUACACUGGUUCAUCUCCCACUGCAACCGCUACAACCACAGAAGGUGGAAGCACUGUUGCAGCCAGCGGAUCAUCCACCGCUUCCUCUGCUUCCUCGACCUUUACCAGUGCAAAUAACGUUGCGGUUGUCAUCCAGACAACAUCGUCGUCAUCGCCCUCGUCUACGGAAGUGUCAUCAGCCUCCGCGGAAGUGUCGUCCACAGAAUCGGCAUCAUCGUCCCUAGUACCCGCGUCGACAUCAGUCGCAUCUGCAGCUCCUGUUACAUCCUCAUCUUCGUCAAGCACCAGCAGUGGUAGUAGUCAUACCCAUCACACUCAUGCAGCUGCCUCUUCCUCAUCCUCUUCUUCAGACUCGUGCAAACGAGAAUCACGCCGUGACGAUGUUAUUGAUCACUCCUCUCGUUUCCGUCGCACUCAUCGUCGUCAUAUGGACUACGACGCUUACACAUUCUGA